AAUCAACAACAGCAGCCUAGUGGCGGCUCUUCCAUCGCUGCAACCACGCCACAACAAAUGGUAGUUCCAAAUGGACAGGCACAGUCACAGCAAACUGCACCAACUUCAUCAUCGGGCGUAAUGACAUCUAUUAAUUCUCAACAAGAUAUGCAACCUUCUUCUCUCAAUACGAAUUUAGAGGAGAUUGCGAGUUUUGCUGCGCAAUUUGAUUUGCCAAUUGAGGAUUUGAAUUCCUAUGAUUUUCUUGGAACUGGUGCUGGAACCAAUGACAAUUCACUUGAUAUUGGCGAUAUUCUUAACCUCGAUUUAUUAGAUGAUAUUGGAUCAACAAAUAAUUCAGGUCCAAGCGCGGCUAGCAAUGGCAACUAA